GAGAAGAAAAUCGGACAGGAAAUUGUCGCGUCCUGCUGGGUUGGGGAUGCGGAGUAUUAUGUAAUGGAUCGAUGACGUUUCAACCUCAACUGUCCUUGCGAGAGCCUCCAGUGAACUGGACACUCUUUGAUUGCCUCUUCUCUCAUGACACUGACUAUGGCCCAUGACGCAGAUUUCUGCGGUGAUCGGCUGCGGCUGGCGGCUUUUCUGCGAGCUGUGGAGAACCUGCCGCAGCGGCCAGCGCGUUUCCGUCGGCCUGUGGACGGUGACGCCCAGAUCCAGGCGACGAAGCAGGCUUCACCUGCCCAGCAUGAUCAAACCCGGGCGAUUGCGUCGCUUUCAAGUCCGGCAUCGACAGCCCCACAGCAGAAAUUAUCAGCGUUCGAUGCAGCGGACUCCCGCUUGACGGCGUCAACUGCAUCUGCAGAGGGCACCCGCACAAUUGCUCUUCCAGUUACGCCAGAUGCGGAUUGUCAUGCUCAACCUAGCGUAAACAUCGACGAGGAUGACAGCACCGUCCCUCAUCGGCGGUCUGACCCACUGCUGCUCUUGCGGAAAGGGUCACGGAAGAGUGUUAAGGUUUCUCAUUCGAGGCGAAGAGCAGCAAACCUGAACGCCGGGCUUUCUGGCACUCGGAAAAGGAGACGGCUACCUGUCAAAGGGCUCGCACUAGUACGAACCACGACAGAAGACGGCCUGCCCCAACCGAGUGUAUGAAGCUCCUCGCUCAAUGGAACCUGCUUUGUAGCGAAAUGCUGACGGCUACGAAACCUAGGACGCCGAAACAGCGUUUAUAAUUCCAGUUACGGACACUGAUCCCAUCGAAGAUAGCCAGACGGUCUCGCCCAGCUUAAGGCAUACCGAAAAGCGGGGCAGAGGGAAUCCGAACGUUCCUACUGC